GGUUCCCAACCCCCCCCCCCCGCCCCAAGCCUGGGAGCUGAGGCUGACUUCAGGCUCCGCUCCUGCCCUCCCUCCUGGUGAGCUGCACGUCCUGGGAAGGCUGACGACGUGCCUCAGAUGCAUGGAGGCUGAGUCACCCGGGCUGGCAGUGCCCCUCGGAGCCCGGGCUUGGGGCCCCCACCCACCUGAGAAGGAAGGGUGGGUGGCUAUGGGGCUGGAAGAGCUGAAGCCUCCUGGGAUCUUGGGAACCCCAUCUUUGAACUCCGCCCCACGGCCCCUCCCCUCCCCAGGAGGGAAAAGGCAGCUGCCAGUUGCCUGCCUCAUAGGCACUGGGACCUGGCCCACAGGAGGAGAGGGGACCUCGCUGCCAUCAGUACCGCAGGCGGGGCCAUGGAUCCGCAUGAGACGGUCGUCAAGAACCCGUAUGCCCACGUCAGCAUCCCUCGGGCUCACCUGCGGCCUGAUCUGGGGCAGCAGCUGGAGGCGGCUCCCUCUUCCCGGGGGUCACAGCCUCUGCCUGUGGGGUCCUGCGCCUCAGAGCCCACCGGGCUCCUGCAGCCCACCGAGGAGGCCCCAGGGGGCAAGGGGGCCGCCCAGACCCAGGGCCAGCAGACCCGGCAGCAGCCCUGCAACCCCUACGGCGGCGCGCAGCGGCCGGCGGGACUGACCUACAGCGGCCUGCCGCCCGUCGGGCGCGGGGAUGACAUCGCCCACCACUGCUGCUGCUGUCCGUGCUGCUCCUGCUGCCACUGCCCUCGCUUCUGCCGCUGCCACAGCUGCUGCUGCGUCAUCUCCUAGCCCGGCCCCUGCCGGUCCGAGGGACCUGCCGCAGGACCCCGACAUGGCCCGGGCAGCCACUGGCCCGCUGUCAUGGGCGCUGGCCGCUUUCCACCUUGGAUAGGAGCAUCCACCUGCCAAGGAGGCCAACGGCCCAGCGCUGGCCCCUUGAAACAGCCCUGGGCACUGGCUGUCACGGCGGGCCUGGGGACACCCUUGACCACCUCCCUCAGGGCCCACGGCCCUGGCAAUAA